GAUGGAAACUUGAGUUUUGUCUGGUUGAGUUGAUUCAUUUGCUUCUUAUUGUUAAUUGUUGAGUAAUUAGUUUUCUAUUCGCGGAUUAAUCAUGUCGGAAGGAAAACCCUCAAAGAGCGAACUUCUGGCCACUCUGAGUUUGUCGAAAAAUAUUCCACCCAAAUUUGACCAGCGUUCCAAUUUUUCUAGAUUUCAAAUCUCACAUAGUCUCGGAGGAGAAGAGUAUUAUUCUAGAGGGAAUCAAAGGGCCUAUUACGAGUUAAGGCCACCACCUCCUCCUCCAAUAUACGCCAACUUGGGUAAAAAAGCUCCUCCGCCACCUCCACCUCCACCUCCACCGCCUCUACUACCACCACCGUCACAACCACCAACGCCUCCACCACCACCACCAGCAAGAAAAACUUCGGAACAACCACCAUCUUAUCAGAUGUCAGUCAAUAUAUUGAGAACCACACCCCACGCUCUGCCCAUUCCCGUGACAGCUUCCUACACAACUACGGUCCAACAGCAGAGGACUCAGCACUCUUACAGACAUCCACAAGCUCCAAACUAUGUGAAUGAACCGACGCAACUUUCUCGUCCUCCCCCGAUUCCAUCUGCACCCAAGCCUCACCUGACCUCUUAUAACGUGACACCUCCAAGACCGAAGCGAGCAAUCGAAGUUGAGAAAAAGUAUGAAGCUUUAAUGAAACAAAUAGAGGAUGAAUUAGAUAAAUCCCUUCACUUUGGCCUUUGUCACACCUGUGGAAAUAAGAUCCAAGGUGCAGAUCAAGCCUGUCAAGCGAUGGGAAAUUUAUAUCAUACAUCCUGUUUUGUUUGUUGUUGUUGUGGUCGAGUCUUGAGAGGAAAAGCUUUUUACAAUGUUAACGGAAAAGUUUAUUGUGAAGAAGAUUAUCUUUACUCAGGGUUCCAACAAACCGCUGAGAAAUGUGCUGUCUGUGGUCAUCUGAUAAUCGAAAUGAUACUCCAAGCUAUGGGAAGAUCAUACCAUCCAGGUUGUUUUCGCUGUUGUACUUGCAACGAGUGUCUCGAUGGAGUUCCUUUCACAAUUGAUAUGAACAAUAAAAUUUAUUGCGUUGCCGAUUAUCAUCGAGCUUAUGCCCCGAAAUGUGCCUCUUGUGGUGGUGCUAUUACUCCUCUCGAAGGAUCUGAUGAAACAGUUCGAGUUGUCUCAAUGGACAAAGAUUAUCAUGUUGAUUGUUAUACUUGUGAAGAUUGUGGUAUGCAACUGACCGAUGAACCUUCCCAAAGAUGUUAUCCAUUGAGUGGUCAUCUACUUUGUAGAGAUUGUCAUCUCAAAAGACUUGGUACUUUUUGAGUAUCCAAUCAAUUCCCACCGUCCAUAAAGUGAACUUGUUUCCUUCACGACAAGAAUCACCACGAUCUCAUCAUUUCUCACCAACCAAACGCACAAACGAAUCAAUCAUCAAUUGGAAAGAUGGAGUUUAGGAAAUGAAGGAAAAUUAAAAAAAGAUAAUUUUUGUAGUGGUUAACAUUGAUAUAAUAUUUUAAAAUAAACUGUUAAUAAACAGGUUACAAUUUCAUAAUGGAA